ACUAUCGCAAACCCUGUAAGGUCAAAAUCUAUGACGUUUGACUUGUGGGUUAUCACAAAUCAAUGACAAUAACUGUUUCUUUAACACAUUUAAUAACACGAACAACCAAAUGAUUUCAAAAAUAUUUAGAGCAGUUAUAAUGGGCCCUCCUGGUUCAGGCAAGGGCACCAUAUCAACAAGAAUUGUCAAAGAUUUCAACAUGAAACAUUUAUCAAGUGGGGACUUGCUAAGAUCUCAGAUUUUAAAUAAAACUACUGCCGGCCAGUUAGCUAAAGAUUAUAUUGACCAUGGGAAGUUGGUUCCUGACAAUGUCAUGGUGGACUUGAUUUUGAAUGAAUUACAGAACAUGAAAUCUCACAGCUGGCUGUUAGAUGGAUUUCCAAGGACAGUUACACAGGCCGGUGCUCUACUGAAGAAGGAACCAAUAGAUGUUGUUGUCAAUUUAAAUGUUCCUUUUGAGGUUAUUAUUGAUAGAAUUAAAGGAAGAUGGACUCAUGCACCUAGUGGCAGAAUAUACCAUACAGAGUUCAAUCCCCCAAAAGUCCAGGGUAAAGAUGAUGUAACAGGAGAAGACUUGAUACAAAGAGAUGAUGAUAAACCAGAAACUGUCAGAAAACGUCUAGAAACAUAUCAAAAUAAUACACAACCUGUACUGCAAUAUUUUAGAGACCAUGGACUGUUAGAAGAAUUUGCUGGGAGAUAUUCCAAUGAAAUAUGGCCAAAAGUACAUUCCUUUUUAUCCACAAAGACUGAACCAUUGCAGUAUACACAUUAUGGAGAAUGAUUAGUUUGAGUUAUCUCCCUUUGAAUGAACACAUUUGUGCAAAGAUAAUCUCAUGUACCAUACACUUUUGUGUAUGUUCUAUAUCUGGCUCGUAAACCACACUAUUACAUAAUAUACCUAUUAGUUAUGGAUGCCUAUUUUGAAAAACAAGAACUGUAUGAAACUAUGAUUACUUGGACCUAAAUGCAAAGUUUACAUGAACAUGUCAAGAGAAAAACCUAGAUCAUGACAAAACUAUUAUUGAAUCAGUACAUCAUUUCAGAAAAGUCUUCCAAGUGUUAUAUUUCUCCAGUCAUUACCACUAUUUUCUGGAAAAGAUUAUUAUAAGUAUGCAGUCAUAAAAUGUCAUUGAUUUUCCAUUAUUUCCCUACAGCAUACCAAAAUGUUAAACAUGUUGAUAAUACUUUUUGACUACAGUUAUAUUUAUAAAAGUAUUAUUAUAAUGCUUUUUUUUAUAUUUUUAACUUUUUUGAUAAUAAUGACAAUCCUGUUUUGAAUGUUUUUUUGCAUCAAUUUAUUUUAUUAACAACAUGAAUGAUAGUUUUUUGUAUGUCUAAAUGCAGACUUAUAUACUGAAAUACUGCUAAUAUCUCAUUAUUACUUAUUUCAGCCCUACUUCUUUAUUUAGGAGGGUUUUUUACCUGUCACUAUAUAAUGUAACUUUGAGUAUUUCAGAUUCUAAAAAUUUUGUUAAAACUUUUGUGGUGUGCUCAUAUUUGUGUAUAUAGAUAAAAAUGAAUCAAGUAUUUACUCCAACUGGUUGUGGUUUGAAUAUAACCAAGUGCUAGUCAUUGUUAUAAGUAUAUCAAAUAUGUUUAUAUAUAUAUAUAU